ACAUCUCCCCAACCAGCCUGGGGAGGAGGGACAAUGAAAGACCAGAGGGGAAAAAAAAAAAAAAGUCAAGAAUUUUAUAAAAGUUAGAAGGACCAGGUCUCUUCACCUGUAACGACCUCACCAGAAGCUCGUAGCAGCAGAGGCACUGUCCACUGGCAAAUAAGUCAACAUGACCCACCAGUUCCCAGCACUGUCUCCAGAGCAGAAGAAAGCUCUUUCAGACAUUGCUCAGCGGAUUGUGGCUUCAGGAAAGGGGAUCUUAGCUGCAGAUGAAUCAGUGGGUACCAUGGGGAACAGGCUGCAGAGGAUCAAUGUGGAGAACACAGAGGAGAAUCGCCGGGCUUUUCGAGAGAUUCUCUUCUCUUCAGAUGCUUCCAUCAACCAGAGCAUUGGGGGAGUAAUCCUCUUUCAUGAGACUCUCUAUCAAAAAGACAGCAGUGGAAAGCCAUUUCCAGCGCUCAUCAAAGAAAAAGGCAUUGUAGUGGGAAUAAAGCUGGAUAAAGGCACAGCACCCCUGGCAGGAACCAAUGGAGAAACCACCAUCCAAGGGCUGGAUGGACUGGCUGAGCGGUGUGCCCAGUACAAAAAAGAUGGUGCUGACUUUGGCAAGUGGCGUGCAGUGCUGAAAAUCACCAGCACAACACCCUCUCAACUCGCCAUCCAAGAGAAUGCCAAUGCAUUGGCACGCUAUGCCAGCAUCUGCCAGCAGAAUGGCUUGGUGCCCAUUGUGGAGCCAGAGAUCUUGCCUGAUGGAGAUCAUGAUCUCCAGCGCUGCCAGUAUGUCACAGAAAAGGUUCUGGCUGCUGUCUACAAGGCUUUGAAUGACCAUCAUGUGUACCUGGAAGGGACACUGCUGAAACCUAAUAUGGUGACAGCUGGGCAUUCCUGCACCAAGAAGUACACCCCGCAGGAUGUGGCCGUAGCAACUGUCACGACUCUUCUCCGCACCGUUCCUGCUGCUGUUCCCGGAAUCUGCUUCCUGUCUGGAGGUCAGAGUGAAGAGGAGGCUUCUGUCAACCUGAACGCCAUGAAUCAGUCCCCUCUGCCCAAGCCUUGGAAACUGACGUUUUCAUACGGAAGAGCCCUGCAAGCCUCUGCCCUGGCAGCAUGGGUGGGCAAAAGUGAGAACAAGAAGGCUGCACAGGAGGCCUUCCGCAAGCGGGCACAGAUUAACAGUUUGGCUUGCAGAGGGCAGUAUGUUGUGUCUGGGAAGACUGACACAGCUGCCACACAGUCACUUUUCACUGCCAGCUACACCUACUGAAUGUGCAGGAACCUUCCUUCAUCCUGUCCCUCUUCAUAAGGUCGAAGAUGUUCAGAAAUGGAAGGAAAGCAAAGAAAACUAAUUUCUCUUAUCCUAAACAAAACUGGGGAUAAAAUGGAUUAGCUUCCUCUACACCCUUCGCUACCGCAAUUUACCAAGGGGAUAUUCCUGUUUCAUCUACCCGUUCCAAGGAAGAGUAAUUCUUUCUGUGCAACAAACAACAGCAGCCAAUGAAUCACAAACCCGCACUCCCUCUGCUUUAAAUUUAAUCCUCAAAAUAGAAGGCAGAUUAAGUAGUUUCCUAGCAAUUAAAAUACAUUCCCUUGCCCAUUACCACAUUCUGCAGCCAAAAUAAUGAAUUACAAAAUCCUGACUGUGUCUUCAAUCAUGGGAAUAAAACAGUAAUUGAAAACUAA